GGCACUGAAAAGCUGAAUUUGGCUGUCCGAUGACUGUCUGUCACUCAAUUCGCAUCGGCCACUUCGGAAAAUUGCGAAGAUUUGCGUCUUGACACCUUUAUCAGUCCUGAAAGUUCUCCCCUCAAACGCAGAGAGCAACAAUGGCAAGGAACCUCGCGAGAAAACGCCUCCGAGCAGCAGCAACGGCAUCCAAACAAGAAUCGUCAUCAUGGCUGCUGUUUACGCAAGUGAUUGUUCGGUUUCUGGCCGUCUUGUUGCCAGCCUUGACAACAAUAAAGUUGUUACAACAAGCAAGCAGUAGUACCACUGAGCUUGUGGCAAUGAUGCAGAGUGCCCUGCCACAGUCUUUUGAGUCGUUUCCGGAUGUUGGUUUACCAUUCCAAACAGAGGAAGCAAAGCCUCAGUACAAAUACCAAAAAUAUGUGGAACUGCAGGAUGAAAUUGAAAAAGCAGCCAAAGAAAAUCCUCUGCCAGAGUAUGGUGGCAGGGAAGAGACUAGCUGGAGUGCAUUCCAUCGAGCGGCAGUUGUGGAGCGAGCACCAUGGUUGCCACAACGCAAGAUGUGCAAAGAAACAUGCUGCGUAGAGACAGUGGCAAUUUCACUGGACCAGGAUGAACAUCAACUCAUCAACACUCGAGAUGGCAUUGACUUGGCAGAUCUAGUGCUGCCAUAUGGCAGAAAACCAGCCAACGAGAUAUUCCACAUGGAUUACUUUGCCAAAACUUUGGACAAGGCCAUGAUUCCCUGCAUUGUACCUGGAACCAUUAUAGGGAUUGAAAAUCACAGAGAUCUGUCUAUUGGCUUCUUUCAUGAAUAUCGGCCAAAGAUCAAGGUUCCCUACAUUAUAUCCACCACUGGCUCAGAUGGCGACUCGCCAGAAGCGUAUGAGCACUACAUUUCGGAUCCACUCUUGAUCAAGUGGUAUGGUACCAAUCCACGCUACAAAGACCAUCCAGUAUUUCAGAAACAUGCACACACCAAAUUUGAACCUUGGAACUUGGGACUGUCGAUUUCGCACCCGCAAGAACGCAAUCUACUUCCCUACAUGAAGCUGAACCAAUUCAUGAACCCUUUUCUGGACAAGUCCAAGUGGGACCUGUCCAACAACAAUAAGCUGGACUUUGCAAAAGAUGUCUUUGUUCACUUUAGGCGUCGAGAAAUACAUCGCAAGAAAUUGUGGAACACGCUCUGCACCUCAAAUGUCACGGAAGGUGUUUCGUGCAAUCCAGAUAUCAACGUACCAACCCACAAAACUUAUUCCGAGAUGAGCCAGUUCCGCUUUGGCAUUAGUCCUCCAGGGAAUGGAUAUGACUGUUACAGAACAUAUGAGAUGCUCCUGCUUGGUGUCAUUCCAAUCGUGGAGGAACGAGAUAUCCUCAGUCAAAAAUUGUUUGAGGGAAUGCCAGUAAUUCUCAUGCCCAAGUUGACACAUGCCACCAGUCAGCAAGAAUUUGUGGAUGCCAUUGAGAGCUACAUUGCAAGUCCCAAUUUUCAGAAUGCCAAUUUCACAAAAGGCUGGGGUCGUCUUUUUCUCAAACACAAGCGACAGCAAAUGCUCAAGGAUAGCAUGCGCGACAGGGAAAUUGUGGAAGAUGAGAGGGGCAGGAAGUACUACCAAGCAUACCGAUACUCAGUGGUUGGGCCUUCCAAGAAUAUUAGGGACCAGGAGCAACUAGAUGCACGGAUAGCAGAGUGGUAUGAUGACCCCCAGCCAAAAUUUGAACCCGGCGAAGAAGAUUGGUUAGCACGGUGGAAAGACAGAGCCAUGUUCAAGAGUCACUGAUCACUUUGCUGCGUGCGAAGAUCAACGGGCGUCGAAAAUGUUUGCUAGCAGAGAAAGCCUCUCUGGAACCAAGCCUGGGUCCAGUCAUCGGCAAUGUAUGAAUACUGAAUAUGUACGGUAAGCUUCAUUUUCACACCUGUAGCGUGUACUGGUAGCGUUUGAGUGACGGAGCAUCAACCCCGUGUGCAGUUCCAUUUAGAGUGGAUCGGUCUCGAGUCUCGAGGCUGAGCGAAUACAAGUAGUAUCGCUGCCUGGCCUUGGUCCUUUCGGAUUCCUGACAAAUGGUUCUCAACUUCAAAGUUACUUGAGAAUACCGGUAAUAGUACAGUAGCUACCGGUACAAUGUAGAUGAUAGCGAAGAUGUUACUACGUCGCUCUCAAGUCUGUUCUGGAGGUACCACCCUGUCCAAGCUGAUGAGUUUGUUCUGGAAACAUUGGUUUUCGCUGGUCAGUUGCGGCCAACGUUCCCUGUCGCUCAGGUGCCAUAUCUCUAGGUCAAAAUCAAAGCCAACCUACUCACAACUAAGUACUCUCUGACCAGCUUCCAGCCAGCCAGUGACGACGGCUGAGUCACCCAGCAUAAAACGCUGCGACCACACUAAAACAGACGUGAUCACCGUGGGAGUGGAGUCCUUCCUCAGCCUGUCAUUGCUGUAGUGCCUCGAGAGAGUGUACGAAGGACAAGUUGCGAGGAGGAGCAAGUCGCGGGCAGCCAACCUUUUGUACCUACAGUAGCAUUAGAUUGAUACGGGAGCUUGCCACCCAAUGACCAAGGCUGUUAUUAGAAAACAAGAGAAGUGGGAGUCGAUUCACUAAAGUAAUGGUACCGGUGGUACUGGUACGUCGAGAAAGAGCAGCACGGAGAAGUGAGGAGGAGCCCCGAGCAGCGCAUCGGCUUGAUAGGUAGCAACUUUUGACAGCAAAGCAGCAUGCCUUCGAGACAACAGAAACGCCGACUUUGAGCAUCUUUCCCAUGCCCGGUAACAACUACUAUGACGAUACCCGUGCCAUCCCCUUUUCCAGUGGAAACACACAUCAAUGCUCUUCGGUUUCCACUGGGUGUGGGAGUGGAUGCCAGUUCCGCACCCACCAUCUUUCUCGAUCGAUGACGCCUCAACAUUCAUACCAGUCAGGAUGUACUAAAUUUCUACAGUUAGAUCUACUUCU